UUUUAACUUAAAUGUAUAAUAUUUUGUUAGUGUAUACGUGGUUGCAUAAUCAAUAAUAUGGCUACACAUGACACGAAGUGACCUAUAUAACUUUUUUACAUUUCUUAUGAACUAAACAUCAAACAAUUACUAAAAUCACCCCAAAAAUUGGACACAAAUCAGUGAAAAAUUCACCCCUUAAUUGGACUUCCUGGAAACAUUAUAUUUAAAGCGGUAAAAUGUUUAGAAAAAUUAUCAGUAACGUAAUUGAGUCCACCCAUCCGAUUGAAACUGUCUAUCCAUGCCCAUUUACAUUAAAAGACACAUCAAGCUUCAGUUGGCUUAUGAACUACGCUCCGUGUUUUCCGAUAAAUGCGGCCAAUAUAAAAAUCUUAACUAGUCCCAAAGAAUUUUACCAAGCUGUAGUUUCCCACUGUGAAUCAGCAACUCAAAGAGUUACAAUGGCGAGUUUGUAUGUUGGGAAUGGAGAACUGGAGAAAAGGAUUGUAACAGCACUUAGGAAUAAUAAAAGUUUCAAAGAAAAUAAGUUAAAAGUUAAUUUUCUUUUAGACUAUAAUCGUGGUAGCCGUUACAAAAAUAAUAGCAGAAGGAUGCUGUUACCUUUAGUACAAGAUAAUAAUAAAACUUGUAUGGUUUCUCUAUAUCACACACCACUUUUACGUGCUAACAUUAGAAGGCUGAUGCCAGCAAGGUGGAAUGAAUUAUGUGGAUUGCAGCACAUGAAACUAUACAUCUUUGAUGAUACAUUAAUAAUUAGUGGUGCUAAUUUAUCACAUGAUUAUUUCACUAAUAGACAAGAUAGAUAUUUUAUGAUCAAGGACAAAAGACUUUGUGAUUUUUACAAUACUUUAGUUGGUAAAGUGCAAACCUUUAGUUUUACUUUAAGUAAAAAGGAUGUUCCUUAUGUGCAUGAUGAUUGGGAGUACAGUCCAGCCUUUGAGGGUGAUAAGCAAGAGUUUAUUGAGAAAACUGGAGAUAUGAUUGAGGAGUAUAUUUAUGAUACCAGAAUGGAACAGAAUGUGCAUAAAUAUGAAGGGUAUGAUACAUGGAUAUUCCCUCUAAUACAAAUGGGUCAAUUGGGUAUAGAUCAAGAUUCAGUGGUGACAGAAAAGAUUUUUGGUGAAGCCCCCUCAGGAAGUCAGUUAAGAAUAGCUUCAGGAUAUUUUAACUUUACAAGUAAAUACAUGUCAACUUUAAUACACAGAUCUCAAGGUCAAUGCAGUAUAUUAAUGGCACAUCCAGAGGCAAAUGGAUUUUUGGGAGCUGAUGGGCCAGCUGGAGGUAUUCCUUAUGCCUACUCACUUAUCGCACACAAGUUUAAACAACAGUUUCAGAAAAGUGGACAGUCUGAAAGAUUUACUUUGUUGGAAUACUUAAAAAAGGGAUGGACAUAUCAUGCCAAAGGCUUAUGGUAUUAUGCACCUCAAUGUAACUACCCCUGUUUAACAUUGGUGGGGUCACCCAAUUUUGGAGAGAGGUCUGUGAAAAAGGAUUUGGAAACACAGCUAGCAAUUGUGACGGAAAAUGAUGAUUUAAAAAAAGAAUUGGAUAAAGAAUGUAAGCAGCUUUAUAAGUUGGGUUUACCAGCUGAUACUGAAAGGUCUGUGCCCAAGUGGGUGCAUUUGUUUGUUUUGUUGUUUAGAGAAUAUUUUUAAUUAUUAUGUUAUUAUUUUAAAUUAUAUACAAUUAAAACGUUAUUUUAA